CGCGUCCAACGCUCAGAAAGCUCCUGAACUCCGUUGCAUGUAGGUCGGUUGAGACUACAUCCGUAACUAACACCACCACCAUUGUUCAUCCCAAGUAACAUCUUAAAACCAAUCCUCUUACUCCCGCGGUCUCUCUCGAACGAUCCCUCCUGCGUCCCCUUGUUGUUAAAAGCGUGACCGCGAGGCGAGAUGGGCGAGGUGGCUGUCAACGGUCGUGGGCCGGUCAUGGCGGGCGACCCUAUUGAAGAAGUUAUGCUCAACGGCACCGUCUCCGAGAGCAAGGAGAAUGUCGAGGGAUUCAUCAACGGUGCCGUGGAACUGACUGAGCGUGUUAAGCGCCGUGCCAAGCGUCCUUCUAAGUUUAUGACCAAAGAGUUGAGUCGGGCGAACUCCGACACCCAGGUGAUAGCCCCGCUGCGGGCCCUUAAAAACUCCCGCAAGUCCCGUAAUGGCUUCGGACGCGGCCUGCCCAAGAAAGGUGGAGCGGGCGGCAAGGGGACAUGGGGAGCGCUGGGGUCCGAGCUGGCCGAGGAAGAGGUGGAUGGAGCCAUCGACUCCAAUGACCCCAACUAUGAUGAGGCCAACCCUGAGAACAGGGAGUUUAAGAUUAAAGUGAUUGAUCUUGAUCGCUCCAAUGAGGAACUGCAGAAACAAAUAUCGUCCCUUGUGGCCGAGUACUUCGACCAUGGGGACACGCAGGAGACUUACUUGUCUCUGGAGGAGCUUCAGGUGUCUACCAGGGCACACCUGGUACUGGUGACAGCGGUGGAGUUAGCCAUGGACCACAAGCCAUCCCACCGGGAGAUGACCAGUGUCCUCCUGGCGGAUCUUUAUGGGCACCUCCUCUUUGAGCCCCACUAUACCAAAGGUUAUGAUACGCUUAUUAAGAACCUAAAUGAGCUUGUGCUGGAUACUCCAGACGCUCCAACCAUUCUGGGCAACUUCAUUGCGCGCUCCAUUGCUGAUGAUUGCAUCCCUCCCAAGUUCCUCCAGAGUUACAAAGGCAAGGUUGACUGUGAGCAUGCAGUCGUGACGCUGGCAAGAUCUGACAGCCUCUUGUCAAUGCGUCACGGGUUGGUGAGGCUUGAUAAUGUCUGGGGAGUCGGGGGUGGGACAAGGCCUGUCAAAUACCUGGUGAAACAGAUGGUUUUGCUGCUGGAGGAGUACCUGUCCUCCUCUGACAUUAAUGAGGCCACUAGAUGCCUUCAGGAACUGGAGGUACCUCACUUCCAUCAUGAACUGGUUUAUGAAGCUGUUGUGAUGGCAAUAGAAAAAAUGGACACAAGAACUUCCAAGAUGAUGAUUGAGCUGCUGGGCUCACUCCACCGUGCCAUCAUCAUCACCCCCACACAGAUGAGGGCAGGCUUUGUGAGGGUGUAUGAAGAUAUGCCGCAGAUUUGUGUGGAUGUGCCUCCUGCCUAUACAAUUCUGGAAAAGUUUGUCAUGCAGUGCCAGAGCCAGAAGGUUGUUGGGGACGAUGUGGUGAAGAAGCUGCCCGUGAGGGGCCGCAAGCGCUUUGUGUCUGAGGGUGACGGUGGCCGCGUCAAGGACGACGCCUACUUCUGAGCAGUCAGCACACAUUCCCGGGAUGCCACUGAGGAGGGAGAUCAAGUGGAAGUUUUAGUUGGUGUGUGAAAUUUUUUUUUUUUAAUUAUUAUUAUUUUUUCUUGGAAUGCAUUUCCUAACAUGACAAUAUUGUUGGUCUGUAAUAAUGUUAGAGUAAGACUAAACUGUGGGCCCUGAAUAUUAUUAUUUUCUUACAUAAACUUCACACACACACACACACACACACACACACACACACACACACACACACACACACACACACACAC